AUUGAAAUCCCCAUUUGAUCUCAUUAUUCACCACUCUCUCUCUCUCUCUCAGGCAUACGCAGAAAACGCACACAAGCCAAAGUUCUUGUGCAUCGGCAGGGAGAGUUACCGCACCUGUGGGAACAGAAACGAACAUGGAUAGGGAUGGCGAAGCGAACAAGGCCGUGAAGGGUUACGGCGAGAACAGGAGGACGAGUACCUGCGGUCUGGUGCUGAGACUUCUGGCCAUGGCGCUGACUCUUGCCGCUGCUGUCGUCCUUGGGGUCGACAAGCAGACCAAGACCGUGCCGGUCCAGGUCAGCCCCAGCUUGCCGCCUCUGCACGUCCCCGUCACCGCCAAGUGGCGAUACCUGUCCGCCUUUGUGUACUUUGUGGUGGCCAACGGCAUAGCGUGCGGCUACGCCGCAUUCUCCUUGCUCCUCCUAUUCGCCAACAAGGCGGGCAGGAGCAGAGCGCUGGCCUCGGCGGUGGCGAUCGCAGACAUCGUCAUGGUGGCGCUCCUCUUCUCCGGUGCCGGCGCCGCCACGGCCGUCGGGGUCAUUGGCCGCGAGGGGAACUCGCACGUGCAAUGGGGGAAAGUGUGCAACGUCUUCGACAAGUUUUGCGACCGCGUGGCCAUCUCCAUCGUCUUGUCUCUCCUCGGCUCUUUAGCUUUCGUUAUAAUGGGCGGCUUGGCGGUCUUGGGCUAAAGGGCCUUUCCCAAAAAGCCUCCUCUAAUUCAUUGCAAGUUUCAAUGUUUAAGGUUAAUGUCUCUGUGUUUUGCCUUUAAUUUCAUUUGGGUAAUGACAUGUCAAGGUGUGUCUUGGCAAAUGUUGCUUAUUCCUUACCUUUUGUUUUUUGUAAGAAAUUGCCUGCUCUAUGUGGAUAUAUUUGUGCUCUAUCAAUUGAUAAAAAGGGGCAAAUUGCUCGAAAA